CCCAACCACCCCGCGUCUAUCAGCGCAAGAACUAUCGCGCGUCAACUCCAUCGGAUUUCAUUAACAUUACAGUCAUUACAGCCAUUCGGACCAACUUGCAAUACACCAAUCCGAUCCUUUUGCGGGUAGUGGCGUGCAUUCCCGCGUCCGAGCUCAAGACAUUAUGUCACCUGCACCUAUCAACCAGGAUGCGGCUGCCUCAGCAUCACCACCACAACAACAAUCCACGCCACAGGCUAUAGCUCCAUCAGCUCAGCCUGUCUCAAGGCAUUUUGACGACAUUUUUCACGCCAGGUUCAUGCAAGUCAUUGCCGACUGGAAGAAUGACCCUUCAAGAGGCAGCCUUACCCAGAAGGACCGCAAGACCUUCAUUGAGAACGCCUACAUUGAGACCGAUGAACUUUACUUCAGCAGGCGUCAGCUGUCUGAUCAGGAGGUCAAGCUCCGUGCUCUCACCAAAGUCUUCUACAAGAUCCUUGCCGAGGAGCCGUGGUCUGAAGAUUGGAUCCGUGCCCCAGAUGUUGAACGCAAGCUUUCAAGGUUCGAGAUGCACAAGGAUUCCAUCGAGUUGGCCGCCAAGUUCAACGUUGUGACCCCUCGAGAGGCCGUCAGAGCUGCCCGUGAGGCCGCUACCAAGCAAGAGGAGGCUCUAAAAGCGGCUGGUGACAAACCGGUGAAAGAGCUACGCAUUGAUCGCGGUCCAUGGGACGACAUCGAGAUCAUCUACAUCCCAGGUACCGUAUCAGCAGCAGCCACGAGUCGACUUAAUCGUGAGGAGACCUACCCCAUUUCCGUCUCCUCCGUUGCUGCCACUCUGCAGUCCCACAUUUGCAGGGAUAUGGUGCGCCCGUUCUCCAUGGCCGAACGUUUCGUCAACUGCUCAGAUACCAGAGAACUUGAGGAGAUGCGCGAGUUCGCUUGUAAUGUCUGCGACUACUGCCCUCACCUCCUCGACAACGACAACGUCAGCUUGCUUGUUGUACUCCUCAUUUUGUCACGAUCAGAUGUUUGCAGGCGCUGGGAGAACAACGGUAUCCGCAUCGAAGGCUCCACUAUCAGUCAUCGCAAGUCCGAGUGCAUGAAGAACAAGCUAGGCUGGAACACCACCGAGUUAAAGAAGCCAUUCGACAACUUCGCAACGGAGUUCCAAACUCGCGUGAAGAACGCAUGCUUCCCAGCUCCCCGAGCGCAGCGCGGAGGCGGCCCUAAGAACAAAGCCCCACGCAAGUCCUCGACCCCAGCGACUCCAUCUACUCCUACUGGAUACGGUCCUAACCCUGUAUGGGCUUACAUGCCUUCGCCUCAGGUCCGACAUGAUGGUGUGAACGCCGGUAUCAACAUCCCAGCUCCUGCUAUGCAGACUAUCUACAAGCAGCCAACCGCGCCGGCUCCACCCGCGAGUGCUAGCAACACCACUGGUGGCAACGCUGUUGAACCCAUGGAUAUAUCGUAGGCCUCGGCUUACUUACUCUGCGUGUGAACUUGUAUACUACUUGCAUCUUUCUGGCGUACGGCUCUUGGCUUAGGCCUGCAUUUACAUGGUGGCGAUGGCGAACAAAAACAGCGACUGUCUUAAUGGCGUUUUCUCACCUUACACUGUCUAUUCUGGGAUAUUAUUGACAACUAGCACUAUGUGCACUCAUCGCAAACACUUAUUACCUCCUUGUAUUUCGCGAGCGCCGUGACACAUGUAGAAGAAUAAGAUACUUCACCAUUGC